CACCAUCGCUAGUUUUGAUAGAUAUAUAAAUAUGUUUUUGUUACUUUUACUAAAGCAACUGAUGAUAAACGCAAACGUGUAGACGAAUGGAAAUAUCCAUUAACGUUUUCGUAUUCCUCCUCUACACUCUGGUCGUGAUCUACCUUCAGCAUUUUGUGAACAAGUACACAGAGUUCGUCCGCAGCCUCUAAAUGUUGGGCCUUCAGUCAUACGCCAGUU